AUGGAAGGCAUUUUGGUAGCAAUAGUUGGUGCUGGUCCUUCUGGCCUUGCCACUUCUGCAUGCUUGAACACAAUGUCAAUUCCUAACAUUGUUCUUGAACAAGAAGAUUGCUGUGCUUCGCUUUGGAAGAAACGUGCUUACGAUCGCCUAAAACUUCAUCUUGCAAAGCAGUAUUGCUCUUUACCACAUCUACCACACCGACCUUCAACCCCUAAGUUCAUGUCCAAAGAUACUUUUGUUGCUUACAUUGAUGAUUACGCUGAGAAAUUCAACGUAAAACCCCGGUAUAAUCGUAUGGUUGUUUCCUCGUAUUACGAUAAAACCGAAAAGAAAUGGAGGAUUGAAGCUAAGAAUACUGUAACUGGGGAAAUCGAGCUUUAUGUCGCAAAGUUUUUGGUGGUGGCAACCGGAGAAAAUAGCAAACCUUUCAUUCCUGAGAUACGUGGAUUAGAAAGCUUUAAAGGAGACAUUGUUCAUGCUUCUGAGUACAAAUCUGGACUCGUAUAUGGAGGUAAAAGGGUGUUGGUUGUUGGGUGUGGUAACUCAGGAAUGGAGAUUAGUAGAGACCUUUCAGACUUUGGAGCUCAAACUUCCAUCCUUAUUAGGAGCCCCUUUCAUGUACUUACCAGGGAAAUGGUGUUUCUUGGGAUGAAGCUGUUAAAUUACCUUCCUGUAAACGUUGUGGAUAAUAUCCUUUUGUUGAAUGCCAAGCUUGUAUUUGGAAGUCUGACCAAGCGUGGAAUUCAUCGACCAGCCCAAGGACCUUUUGCUUUCAAAGCUGCUACUGGGAAAACCCCUGUGAUCGAUCGCGGAGCUAUUGAAAAGAUUCAGGCUGGAGAAAUCGAGGUUCUUCCUGAAAUUGUGAACAUAAAUGGAAGUUAUGUGGAAUUCAAAAAUGGUGUAGUAAAGAUUUUUGACGCCAUAGUAUUUGCAACUGGCUACAGAAGUGUAGCAUAUAACUGGCUCAAGGAAUACUACUAUGUCCUUAACGACAAUGGCAAGCCAAUAAAAAAGCCACCAAAGAAUUGGAAGGGAGAAAAUGGCCUCUACUGUGUUGGAUUGACUGGAAUGGGUUUGCCCGGAGUUUCUGCUGAUGCAACGGCUAUAGCAGCUGACAUAAAGCAAAUCAUAAAAGCAGAUAAAAGUCUGCUUCACUAA